AUGGAUGAUAGAGAUAGUAACAGUAGUAAUGGUAUUCCAACUAUUGCAAUACCUUUGAAUCCAAAUACCGAUGAUGCGGUUGGUAGUGGUAGCGGUAUUGGUAGUACUCACGACAGUCUUAAUAUUAGUAGUAUUAGUCUUAGCAACGUUGGUGAGACCAAUAAGAAAGAAAGAUCACUUACACCACCACAUUCACCUAGAUCCUCUACCUAUUUGUUGCAUCAUUAUCAUAUCAUUGGAGAGUAUCUCAGAAAUUGGGUGGAUGCAGUCGCUCUCAAAUGGAAAGAUCGUCUCGAUGAACUACGUAGCAUUCUACAAAAGUAUUCUAAUCCACAGCUCGACAUUCAACUGACCAUCGAUGAAUUGGAUGAAGAUGAUCUCGCACCAUUCGGUACUUCUGACAACGAUAGACUACUUAAUACAUAUAGCACACCUGAGCUAAUUGGAUAUCUCGAUUCUUUUGGUAUUAAAACAAUAUUAUCAAGUAGAGGAUAUUGUAAUAUAAAGUUGGUUCCAGAUUAUAGUGAUUCGUUUGUUCAUAGAAUAAAGAUAACAGAUAGUUCAAUAGAAUCGGCUAGAGGUGGAGAUUCAUUGUUAAUGGAUAUUUUCAUUAGAAGAAAGGAUUUGUAUUUGUCAGACUUUGUAAGCUCUGACAGUCCGACAGCUAGUACUCGCAACGGAAACAGAAGCAAUAGUGAUCCAAAGAAACAGUUCUCCAACGAUCGUCCUCCACUCCCGGGUCAGCAAUACCCAGGUCUUGGAAUUGCCAAGCAAAUGGAUCAGCUCUUGGUGCAAGCCGCCACCAAAUCCAAUCGUGACUGUCUGCUGAAUACACCGUACCGUUUCUACAAUGCGUUUAUGUAUCAGUCGAGAGAGUACUUCUUUGUCGACCCGUCGAUUCAGUCGUUCUUCCUUUCGUUGCUCGGCGAUCUCGAGCCGGCAAUCGAGCAACUCGGUCUGGCACCAGUCUCAUGGGCGUUCGAGUUUGGUUGUGUCAAGGAGCGUUCCACCGGAAACAGAGUCACUUGGGAGUUCCACAAGCAGAUUCGUCCACUCUCCAACAAGCUGAAAGCAUACUUUACAAGCACCGACUACACUUCUUAUGUAAAGAGAAACACCAAAAAGGGAAUGUUUUAUAUCGAUUGGGCUGGUCAUCCUUCGCUAGCUCACUUUUACAAUCCAACGUCAACCUCGGAGUCAGUAACACCACCUUUUCAAGAGACAAACAAUACUAAUCAAGGUCAAUCAACACAAACAUCAGUUAUACUUCCAACAGGUGAAUCUGAAAAACUUAUACCAUCGGCCAUAAUCAAUAGUACAACAUCAACAACAUCAACAACAACACCAUAA